AUGGAGGGCUUUGCCCUGCUCUCCAUUUCGGGAGCCCCCGCGCCCGGCGGCGACGGGAGCAGCAGCCCGGACCCCCCGCGCCCCGCCGGCCGGCCAGGUGAGCCCCGCGGGGGCGCCGAGGGCCGCGCGCGGCCCCCCGGGCUCCGCCGCCUCCUCGGCCCGUCUUUCCCAGCAGGAACCGCCGAGGCCGCCGGCGCCGUCCCCGGGGAGCCGCCGGGCGCCGAGCCCCCCGCUCACCGCUGCACCGUCUACCGGCCCUGGUUCUCGCCGUACAGCUACUUCGUGUGCGCCGCCGCCCGCCCCGCCGCCGCCGGCCGCCCCGCCAGCCCGGCCCGGGAGCCCGAGGAGCCCGACGACCUCUCGGAGAUCGUCUGCUCCUCCUCGUGCUCCCCGGACGAGCCGCGGCCCGCAGAGCCGGCGCGCCGCGGGCCGGCAGCCUGGGACGGCGUCACGGUGCAGGACCUCCUGGCGGCCUCCCAGUGGCAGCUGGCGCCCCAGGACGGCUACAAGUGCGUGGCGUGCUGCCGCGUCUUCCCCACGCUCUGCUCGCUCAAGACCCACAUCCGGCACGGCGCCCGCGAGGGCUUCAGCUGCAGGGUGUACUACCGCAAGCUCAAGGCGCUGUGGGAGAAGGAGCGCCGGGCGCAGGAGGCCCUGGACGCCGCGGCGCCCCUCUGA